GAGGGCGUCCGCCCGGGGCCCGGGGCGGGAAGGGCUUUGUCUGUGGCUUCCAUGCGCAGGUGCUUUGGAAUUCUGCAUCCAACGCUGAACCUCCCCGGAGGUCACUGCUGUCAGUGCUUCGCCCCGCGUGCCAGGCGCAGAGCAAAUUGGAAGGGGCGGGGGAGACGUACUAGAAACCGACUGGCUUCCUACCCCUCGGGAUCUUACAGUCUAGAGUUAGACCCGGUCACGUUUGAUGGUGGAGAAUUGUGAAAAAUCUCUAUGGAGGAAGGAGCAAAUGGGCGGGACUUCAAUUGGAGAGAAUACAUUAGAAUGGGCUUCUGAGUCGACAGAACCGCUGAGCCAGGAGGUGGGAGGUGGUUUAUUUAUUUGUUCAACAGGUAGUUUUAGGAGCUAAUCCAUGAGGGGUAGGUGGAGGGCUUUGAGUACCAGGCAGAGGAGUUUUUACCUAAUUCAGGGAUCUGUUGAGAGAUGUUGGGAGUAGGGAAAGAAAUAUGAUUGAAGCCGAUCUUUAGGAAGAAAGAACUGGACCCCUGUGUACCAGUUUGGUGAAGCAGAGAUGGAGAACUCCCCAUCAAGAUACCAUUUCAAGAACUAAAUUUUUUAAAAUAUCUCAGGUGGGAGAUAUUAAAGGGCUAAGCAGGACAUUGGGAAUUGAGCAUGUAAAGGAGAGGAUAUUUGAAGGACAUUACUCAUUGUAACAAGGCAUGGUGGUUACUGACAAGUCAAUGGAAGAGAAUGGCUUCAUCCCUGCUGAUUCUGGUCCCUUUCUAUCUCAACUGGUCCCAGGGACCACAAAAAUUCUGUCCAUUAUCCUGUUGUGGAGGCAGUUACAUUGUUCUCUUAGGAUUCUCCAGACAGUCCUUUGGUAGGAAACUGAAGUAUGAACAGGAUAAUGAAAUUCGGUAAGGGGCCUGGAGUCUCAGCCCUUGCAUUCCAACACCACCACCAACUCACAAGGGGAGGACGUUGAAGUGCACAGUGACUGACCUGCCUUUCCUGUUCCCAGCUUCUGCAGGAGGGAGGGAUUGAGGAGUCCAGUUGCUUAACUAAUCUUGUGUUUUUUUUCCCAUUCCCACUGCUCCGCAUCUCCAGGUUUUGAAAUUGCCUCAGGGCCUAUAAGGUUUGGUGUUUCCCUUUCAAGAUGCCCCUUUCAGACUUUGUUCUGACCCUGAAGGACAAUCCCUACUUUGGGGCUGGAUUUGGGCUGGUGGGUGUGGGCACAGCCCUGGCCUUGGCCCGGAAGGGUGCCCAGCUGGGCCUGGUGGCAUUCCGGCGCCAUUACAUGAUCACACUGGAAGUCCCUGCUCGAGACAGGAGCUAUGCCUGGUUGCUUAGCUGGCUCACCCGCCACAGUGCCCGUACUCAGCACCUCAGUGUCGAGACCUCGUACCUGCAGCAUGAGAGUGGUCGCAUCUCUACUAAGUUUGAAUUUGUCCCCAGCCCUGGAAAUCACUUUAUUUGGUAUCAGGGGAAAUGGAUCCGAGUGGAACGAAGCCGAGAGAUGCAGAUGAUAGACCUGCAGACGGGCACUCCUUGGGAAUCUGUCACCUUCACAGCUCUGGGCACUGACCGCAAGGUUUUCUUCAACAUCUUGGAGGAAGCUCGAGCACUAGCCUUGGAACAGGAAGAAGGGAAAACAGUGAUGCACACAGCCGUGGGCUCUGAAUGGCGCCCCUUUGGAUAUCCACGCCGGCGGCGGCCACUGAAUUCUGUGGUUCUAGAACAGGGUCUGGCUGACCGAAUUAUCAAGGACAUCCGAGAAUUUAUCGAUAACCCCAAGUGGUACAUUGACAGAGGCAUUCCCUACAGACGUGGCUACCUGCUUUAUGGGCCCCCUGGUUGUGGAAAGAGCAGUUUUAUCACAGCCCUGGCCGGGGAGCUGGAGCACAGCAUCUGCCUGCUGAGUCUCACAGACUCCAGCCUCUCUGAUGACCGGCUCAACCACUUGCUGAGUGCGGCCCCACAGCAGAGCCUGGUGCUCCUAGAGGAUGUGGAUGCUGCUUUUCUCAGUCGAGACCUGGCUGUGCAGAACCCAAUAAAGUACCAAGGUCUAGGUCGUCUCACCUUCAGUGGACUGCUCAAUGCCUUGGAUGGUGUGGCUUCCACUGAGGCCCGCAUUGUGUUCAUGACCACCAACCAUGUUGACAGACUGGACCCUGCCCUGAUACGCCCGGGGCGAGUAGACAUGAAGGAAUACGUGGGCUACUGCUCAUACUGGCAGCUGACUCAGAUGUUCCAGAGGUUCUAUCCAGGGCAAGCACCUUCUUUGGCAGAGGCCUUUGCAGAAUGUGUCCUUCAAACUACAACUCAGAUUAGUCCUGCCCAGGUGCAGGGCUACUUCAUGCUGUAUAAAAAUGACCCUACAGGGGCAAUGCAAAAUGUUGAGUCCCUGAGGUGACAACUGGGUUGUGCUCAGCUCCUCUCCUCUAGGGGAUCAAUAAAUACCUGCCACACUA